GGUUGGUGCUGGGCAGAUCUGCGUUCCCUUUCUCUGGAGGCUGAGCAAGGAUGCUGGGCGAGGCUGGGAGGGCCUCUUUGGAGGAGCAGCAUUUGCAAAAUCCUCCCUCCGGUUCCCAGAGGGAUGGUAAACCUGAAGCUGGGGAAAAGGAGAUGGAUAUUCCGGAUGAGCGAGAACGUCCUGUUCCCGCCCACUGAUGCUCAGCAGAUCCAGCUGCGUUCUGGAUUCGGGAGAGAGCAACACACGGAUCAGCUCCUGGCAACAGCAUCAAGGUCUGAGCAGCAAGAAAGGGUCCCUUCUUGGAUCUGCGGAGCGACAGAGACUUUCCGAGACUUUGGCCUUAGUCGUACCGUGCUGCCCCGGGCCGUAGCCAUGUGGCAAAGAGGGAUGGGUUUCCUGGUUUGCCUCCUGCUUCUUCAGCUGACGGUCGCUGUGGCAGGAGGCCGGCCUUGCUCGGCUCGGAACUUCGGCCAUGGCUCGCUGGUGUGCGAAUGUGGCGCGGACUACUGUGACACCCUGGAGCCUCUGUCCCUCCCUCCCCCGGGCUCUUAUGUCAAGUAUGAGAGCAAUAAGGCCGGGAGCCGGGUGGAGCGCAGCGAGGGGGUGCUGAAGAUCAACCCUCUGGAUCAAGAAUACCUCACUUUGACGCUCAAGACAUCCCAGAAGUACCAAAAAAUCAAGGGCUUUGGAGGUGCCCUCACAGACUCAGCUGCUAUCAAUAUUCUGGCACUGUCUCCAAAAGCUCAGACAAAUCUUCUGAAAUCCUACUUCUCUGAAGAAGGGAUUGAGUACAGCUUGGUCCGCGUGCCCAUGGCGAGCUGCGACUUCUCUGUGAGGCUCUACACGUACGACGACUCGGAGAACGACUUUGAGCUGAAGAACUUCAGCCUGACCGAGGAGGACACCAAGAUGAAGAUCCCUAUCCUGCAGCAAGCUCAGGCGGUCGCUUCCAAGCCUCUUUCUCUCUACGCCAGUCCUUGGACAUCUCCCGUGUGGAUGAAAACAAAUGGAGCCAUGACGGGACGGGGCACCCUCAAGGGGAAACCGGGAGACAGAUACCACAAGACUUGGGCCAAAUAUUUCAUCAAGUUCUUAGAUGAAUACGCCAAGUAUAACUUGACUUUCUGGGCCGUGACUGCGGGGAACGAGCCGACGGCCGGGAAUAUAAUCUUCUACCCCUUCCAGUGCCUGGGCUUCUCUCCCGAACACCAGCGGGACUUCAUCGCCCAAGACCUGGGACCCAUGUUGGCCAACAGCUCGUACAAAGGCAUUGAGCUUAUCAUUCUCGACGACCAGCGGGUGAUGCUCCCUUACUGGGCUGAAGUGGUUCUCAAGGACCCCGUGGCUGCCAGCUACAUCAACGGAAUUGGUAUCCACUGGUACCUGGAUUUCCUGGCGCCUAUCGACCUGACCCUCUCCAUCACCCAUCACCUCUUCCCCAAUUAUUACAUCAUCUCCACGGAGGCCUCUGCAGGCUCUUACUUCUGGGAGCCGCGCGUGCUGCUGGGAGCCUGGAACCGCGGCAGCCAGUACGGCCACAGCAUCCUCACGAACCUCAACAACUAUGUUACGGGCUGGACUGACUGGAACCUGGUGCUGGACAUGAAAGGAGGGCCCAACUGGAGCAAGAACUACGUGGACAGCCCGGUGAUUGUAGACGCGGCCAAUGACGUCUUCUACAAGCAACCCAUGUUUUACUACAUGGCCCACUUCAGCAAGUUCCUCCCAGAGGGAACCCAACGGAUCGGGAUCCAAAGCAGCAAGUGGAACGGUUUAGAAUACUCCGCGUUCCUGCGUCCCGAUGGCUCGGCGGCCAUCGUGGUCCUGAACAGGUCUCCCCAGGAUGUGCCGUUUGGGAUUUCGGACCCUGGCGUGGGCUACAUUGAGGCGGUAGCGACCGCCGAUUCCAUCCAGACUUACCUCUGGCAGCGACCCACACUUGGCUCGGAGCAGCCCGGCUGGAGCCCUCUAAACCAGGGGCAAUCACAACCACGGGGCAAUCACUCACUCUUCAAUACUUUGUUCCCAUGAGAAGGGCUAGCGCGGGCGGAUGCAGAGGAAGAUGAACGUGAUACCCUGAGGAUGGGGCUGCUAUGUAAAGAGGCCUGCAUGAAUCGGGAAAAAUCAGAAACACCAGGACUGGCUGAGCCAAGCCAAGAUAUUUAAUGGUCCAUUAACUCAG